AUGUCAGCAUCUUGUAUAAGCUGUAAGAUGUGCGAAAAAGUUGAAUACCAGAGUGGAAAUACAAAGGCAGAUACAAGCAUUUCUUAUAUAACGAGAACUAAGGUCUUUCCUGAAAGGCCGGCAAUGCAUUUGCAAGCCCUGCGGUGUUGCAGAUGUCCAUGGGUGGCGAUGAUCACUCCCCAUCAGCCAGAAUAUUUUACCUUCGAGAUUACCUUCCACGAAGACUUUGCGGCGCUGUUGAACGAGAUGUCUUCUGCUGAU